AACGGUAUCACGAAAUUUGAUCGAUUUUGUACGGCAGUAAAAACAGUACUUUUCAAGACUUUGGAAACAAAAAUGUUUUCAUUCCUGUUUAAUGUUGACCCCAGAAUUUUGUUUGUCACGAAAACCUUUUUAAAUGCUUGUAAUAUGAAUGCUCUCUACACCAUGGUUGUGUCAAGGAGAUAAAUAAUUAAACAAAAUGGUUGAUGACUCUUCUCCCCAGGUGGCAAAUUAUUUUGUCUCCGCUGGUUUAAAUGAUUUAAAGAAACCAGAAUGUGAUGCAGAGACCUUGGAACCAAUCACCGACCUUGCCGUUAUUUUUAAAAGUCUUGGUGAAGAACCACCACCUGGGUAUACUUGCAUUGAAAAUACACCAAAUGGUUUGACUGCUGAUUUGAAUCAUGGUUCCAUCCGUACACCACCAUGCUUUAUCUGCUACAGACGGGGAAGAGAUAAACCACCCCUUACUGACAUUGGAGUUUUGUAUGAGGGUAAGCAACGUCUUAUGCAUGGAUGUGAUAUUGUCCACAAGACUCCAACUAAACAAGUAGCUAAUGUUAAUAAUGGCAGCAACAUGAGAAUUUUUAUAACGUAUCGAAGAGCGUCUCCACAGUUUGCUCAUUCAUCGUUAGCUGUCAUUGAAAUAUGUGUCAUUAUUGCAAACAAGGGUGAAAAACCACCACAUGCUUUCUGUUUGAUUGAGAAAAACUUAAACCAAGGAUUAGUUGGGUCUGAAGUAUAUCUUUGUUACCGCAAAUCUUUAGCACGGACAAACUCUCUGUCUUAUCCUGCAGAAAUGAUCAGCAGAUAUCCGUCUGUUGAUUGUGAUGCUUUUCCACUUCCUGAUGAAGUUGCUUUGUUCUGCAUGCCUCUUGGUGCUGUCGUGGAGUGUUGGCCUGAAAAAUCUCAGCCACCAUUGCCUAUUUUUUCAACAUUUGCAUUAACAGAUGCGAAAGGGGAAAAGAUUUAUGGUGCUGGUGUCACAUUUUUUGAAGAGCUGCAGAAGGAGAAGUUUACUGAUGAUGUGUACAAACUAAUUCAACAACAGAAAAAGAAUCACAGGGGCGAAAAGAAAUUAGUUGCACAAACUAAUAAAAGUAUUUGUUUGUUAUCACGUUAUCCUUUUUUUGAUGCUUUUCGACGCUUCUUGAUGUCAUUGUACAGACUAACAGUGUCUGGAAAACAAAGUAUUCCAAUCGAAAGAUAUAUCUCCCACUUUAUGCGUAAUGUUCCCUUCCCAACACCUCAGAAACCAAUCGUGUAUGUACAGAUCACUCAUGAAGGGUUUGAAUUACAAGAACCAUCCCGAGGACCAUUACCAGUCAGUGGGGCAUCUUUUACUGCAUUGUUACGAUGUCUUGGAACUGACAACACGUUGGUUUUGUUGUACUGCAUUCUAACAGAGCAGAAAAUUCUAGUGCAUUCUUUGAGACCUGCCUUGCUGACAAGUGUUGGUGAAGCCUUAAUAUCGUUGAUUUUCCCAUUUCAAUGGAAGUGUCCAUAUAUUCCAUUAUGUCCACUGAAACUGGCAGACGUACUGUUUGCUCCUUUUCCAUUUAUAUAUGGUAUUGAUUCUCGUUAUUUUGAUCAAUCAAGUCCACCAAAAGAUGUUACUUGUGUUGAUCUUGAUACUAACAUGAUAACUCAGGCUGUUGAUCCAAAAGAAUCAAAGUCAGCUACAUGGAAGUCCUUGCCAAAGAAACCUGGAAAAGUCAUCAAAGAUCGACUUGAUGAGCUGUUUCUACAACUUUAUCAAGUGGCAAAUGAAGACAGUAACACAGCUGUGGAAAUGGCACCACUGGAUGAUCUAUCCUCAGCUAAGAAAAAAAACUACAUAGAAGUUAAUAUCAGAGAAGCAUUCCUGCGGUUCCAUGCUCAAAUUCUGAAGGGUUACAAACAAUUUCUGCUACCUAUCACAUCACGGCCAGAUAUUGGAUCUCGCGAUCUUACAACUUUAUUUGACUUACAGGGUUUUGUUAGGAGUCGUCCAAGAGGAACCGAGAGAUUCUUUCAGCUGCUCACCAGAACUCAACUUUUUAGCCACUUUAUCGAAACUCGUUCGUUAUCAUCCAGCAAUGACGCAGUAUUGGCAUUUUUUGAUGAAUGUAUUGAAAAAUGUGAGACUAAUGCAAGAUUACUACAUUCAAAUGCAGGGAGUGGAAGUUUUACAACAGUCGUUGUAACAGCACCAGACCUAUCCGGAUUACCACCUGGUGAAAUGUACAAAUAUAACGGUUUCCCGAAGUUACGCGAGGAUUUGUUUGCUGCUGUGAACCCGACUCUACUCAAUUUGAAAUCAACAAAUACAACGACUCCACCUCGAUCACCUAUGGUUGGAAGAACUAUACAUGAAAGACAACAGGGAUCAAUUAGUGCGAAAAAACAAGCCAACAGUCCAACUCUAUGGGCAAGAUGUUUGUUGGGUCAUUGCUAUACUAUAUGGUUCAUCCAUCUACCAGCUUAUGUAAAGUUUCAUUACAAUAAAGAAAAUAUUUUGUGGAAAGCCUUUGAGGUCCUGCAGAAGAUCAGUGAGACUAAGGCAAAAUUACCAGACGAAGUUUGUUAUCGUGUUCUGAUGCAGCUCUCUGGACAGUUCGACCAUCCAGCGUUAGCAGUGAAAGUGUUGUUUGAAAUGAAAAGAGUCGGCAUACAACCAAAUGCUGUCACAUGGGGCUUCUAUCAUAGGGCCGUGCUUGAUGGAAAAUGGCUACCUGAAAAAAUCCGAAGAUCUCCUAAGCAACUGUGGAACAGACUUCGUAUUGCUCUUAUGGCGAUGCAUGCUUUUCAAAAAACUAUUAUGCUGAAAAGAAACAACAGUGGAAAAAAUCUCUUGAUUAACUUAUCUGACUCAGACGAGAACUUAAGGAAAGAUGCAAAUUUGCUGAUACCAUUGGAAACAUCUAGUGUUGGCACGGGAUCGGAUGGAGGCUAUAGUUCAGGACUACUGUCAACGGAGGACUUAAGUCGUCAACAACCUGUUGCUGGAGGAUUGAUAGAUCUUGGGACAGCAUUAUCAGAUCUAUCGAUCAAUUCACACAGCAAUCAAGAUCUGUCGGCAGUCAAAAGUCACCGACGUAAUUUUAGCAUGUCUAGUCAAACAUCAGAAAGUGACAACGAAUUCACCAACGCCCCAGCGUCAAUCACCCGUACAACACGUCGUCUUAGUGAGACAUCAAUUGGUUCUAAUUUAAGCAAUAACGCCGGCAACAAUAACAGUCAUAUUAUCGUCUGCCACGAUGGCUCAUGGCAAGAUCUGGGUAGUUCCUCACAUCAAGGUUCAGCGUCAGAUUUAUACGACGAAAUAGGUCCACCUUCUGUUAAAGGUGUUAGUACAAAGUCCGACAUAGCUCUUGAAGCUGUUAUAUGUAGUUGUCAAAUCUGCACGACAUGCGACAAAGUUAUAUAUGAUGAAGAAGUCAUGGGAGCAUGGAGUGCUGAUGAUUCGAACUUGAACAUUUUAUGUCCGUUCUGUCAAGCCAAACGAGUUCCCAAUCUACAGAUUAAAGUAAAGGACUACAGAGGACUCGCAUCUAAAAAGUGCAGUUCUGGUAGCUUAAGUUCGGACGUAUCUUCUUCAAAUGUCAACGACACAAAAUCAUCUAGUAAUCCACUUCUUACUCGCAACAUAAAUGUCAACAACGACACAGCUUCCAUAAGCAGUACUACAAGCGGUAGCAACGCUAGUGAGAGCAGUACACACCAGUUGGAACAGUUCUUCUCUUCUGCACCCGCUCCUUCCAAAGCAGUAUCGAUCAAACCUACUAAAAAGUUGAGUUGUGAUAUGAUCAUCAGUAGUAGUGCACCAACCAGUGCGUCAUCUAGUCCCGUACUAGGAUCUGGUGGUCGACGCCAAGCUUUUUUUAAACACAGGAAAUCGAGCAGUACAAGUAGUAAUUUCAACAUGUUUUUAGGUACUCCUGAAGAAAAAAUGAUCACUUCAGUACCUUAUUUAAGUCCUCUAGUACUAAGAAAAGAAUUGGAAAACAUGUUAGAAAAUAAUGGAGACUCGAAACUUCAAACAACAGACAUUGUCAAUGAGAAACCCAUACUGUAUUGGAAUUUAGUGUGGUAUUUUCAUCGCCUUGGUCUUCACAGUCAUCUACCUUCGUUUCUUCUUCAUUCGUACAGCAGCGAAAACGAAGAUGGCAAUAAUAGAGAAGUCGUUGUAUCUACAUCUUGGGAUGUGAAUCGUCAAACGGAGCAUUUUGUUCCACUGUAUAUGUUAUGGAAUGUACCGGAUGAAAAACAAUAUUUGGUUGCAGAGAGAGGCUGGACAUCCAGAAGCUUGCUAACUGCAAUUUCUGCGCAUGUGCAAAAAAAUGACGUAGUAAACCCGAUGAAGAUGUUAUUGGAUGAAAGGUCUCGACAACAGAAUCAAAACACUGAAGUUCAUUGGAGUUUAUACAGAGAACUGUUAUUUUUAUCACUUUUGUCUUGUGGUGCCGAAAAUAUCGAUGUUGAUGCUUUUGAUCGUGAAUAUAAAAAAGCUUACAAGGAAGUUGCGCGUGAGUAUUCCGAGCGUUUGUAUCCCGACGACAAAUCACCGACAAUAAAAGCAGUAUUUUGUCGCCAAGCGUUCGCAGCACCGACGUUGCAACCGAGAAAGGCACAACUAUAUUAAAUAUUAGCAGUUAUGGCAAGCCCCGUGUGUACAAAAGUCGAAGUUGUCUGACCUUAUGGAAAAACAAUGUCUAUUCGUAAGCUGUACAUUUGGAGUGUUAUAUCAUAUUUCUUUUUUAUUUAAAUAAAGUUACGGAUUAUUUUUAUACUUUUUUUAACUAUUCAGAAAGUUUAAAUUUUAAUUUGGAUUAUGAUUACAAAAAGCUGUAGAUUUCUCGUUUAAAUCAAAAGUAUUAGUUAUCCAGGGUCACGCAAUAAAAAGAUCCUAGGACCAUUUUUUAAAAGUUUAUAGGAAUUUGAACUGAGUGUCUAUGAUGCUCUCCAUACACCUCUCUUUCUAUUCUCAUACUGUUUUUUUUAUCGUAUGCACGUUGUAUUAUAAGAAACCUUAGGCUCAGAAAGGCUAAGUUAUAAGAAACUGAUACAACAGAGGUGAGACGGAAUAAAAAAGGUGUUUAUUGACAUGGAUAUUUAAAUAUAUAUUGUUGCAAGCAUAGCAAGUGACUUAUUUUACGAUAAUGUAAAGAAAGGGUUUUUUAAGGCCAAAAAAGAAAGUUAAGAAAAAUUUAAGGCUGAAAUUUUAAGAAACUCUAUGCUCAAUCACAUGCUUAAUUCUCUUAUAAAAAUGUGUAUUGUAAUUUGUCAAAAUUAUAUUUUGCUCUAUCACAACAGAUGCAAAAAAAGAAUUCAUUAACGCCUAUCUACGUUUUGACAUCAACUAAAAUUCGACGCCAUUUCUGACAUAAAGCACUUGCUAUUUGUUUACGAUCAAUCUUUGACGAAUAGAUUUCUAUUUUUUAAGUUCUAUCGUAUUCGCCGACAUUGUCGUCAAUGCAACUGCGACAUUACCGUCAUUGCAAUUUCGACUCAAGAAAAGGCGAUAUGUUAGGUUUCAUUUCUUUCAUCUUAUGUAUGGUACUCUUUAAGAAUAUUUAUCAUUCCGUUUGUGCACGGAAAUAUAACUGCGCCGUGAAAAAAUAUUUUGCAAUAUUAUCAAACGUCACUCUAUGGAAUAUAUGUAGUAUUCUUUUGACUAAAA